GUGCUCUACAAGCUAUUUCGGUCUUUCUGUGAAAUGCCAACCGUCAAAGGUGUGGACAUUUUUGCUGGAGUUGGAAAAUUCUUUGUGGUUGGGCUAGGAGGAGUUUUAGUAGGUCUUACUUUUGGGAUGACCGCCGCCUUUACCACGCGAUUCACCAAGGAUAUCCGUGUUUUUUUUGUCUUCCUGUACAGCUAUCUGUCCUACCUCACUGCUGAAAUGUUUCACCUUUCGGGGAUCGUGGCCAUCAUUGCUUGUGCCAUGGGCAUGAAACGUUACGUGGAGGCCAACAUCUCCCUGAAGUCUCACACCACAGUCAAAUACUUCAUGAAGAUGUGGAGCAGUGUUAGCGAUACCCUCAUCUUCAUCUUUCUUGGAGUUUCCACCAUUGGAGAAAAUCAUGAGUGGAACUGGCCAUACAUCUGCUUCACUGUCAUCUUCUGUCUCAUUUGGAGAGCACUAGGAGUUCUUGUGCUGACGUUCUUUGUGAACAGAUUCCACGUGAACACCAUCACCAGCAAAGACCAAUUCAUUAUAGCGUACGGGGGUCUCCGAGGAGCCAUUUGUUUCUCUCUAGUUUUCUUGCUUCCUGACUUUCACAGAAAGAAGCUCUUCAUUGCAGCAACAACUGUUGUCAUCCUCUUCACCGUGUUCGUACAGGGAAUGACCAUCCGUCCUCUCGUUGACUUGUUGGCUGUCAAGAGGAAAAGAGAGAGUGCUCCCACAGUGGGAGAGCAGAUCCAUAUUCGGUUCUUGGAUCAUUUGCUGGCUGGCAUUGAAGAUAUAUCUGGACACUGGGGACAGUAUUACUGGAAAGACAAAUUAGAAUAUUUCAACAGCAAAUACCUGCAGAAGAUCCUGCUUCGAGAAUACGACCAGCCAAAAUCAAGUAUCGUGCUUCUCUAUGAAAAGCUGGAGCGGAAGCAUGCCAUUGAGCUGGCAGAAGCAGGGCAGCUGGGUCAUGCCCCGUCUCACCCAUCCUUGCUUGGUGACAAAAAAUUGGAGGAUACUCUGAAUCCGGAUGUCCUGGAAAAUAUACAGGAAAUAUUGGCAAGGAACCUGUACCGAAUACGGAGAACGGGGCCAGCGUACAACAGGCACACGCUUCCUGGAGAGACCGAGCCUGUGGAGCAAGCCAAGGAGAUCCUGAUCCUCCGGCACAAGAGCCUGCGAGUGGAAGUGAGCGGAGGUGACGCGGCCAGCUGCAGGAAGGAGAAGGAUGACUCCUGCUCGGCACAGGGCGACUCCAGCACGCACCCCAAGCUCUGCCGCUCCUUCACCGUGGGGAAUGCAGAAACGGUUCGGGAAGUGAAACAGAACCGGUCCAAGUCGGUGUGUGUCAUCCCACCACUGCAGCCCAGCGGUACGGCCUGGGGUGAGAAGAAAGAGAUGGAGAAAGAGCUGACUUUGGGGAUGUGA